AUGCCCAACGCCACUUCCUUCAAGGCCCACGACCCGCGAUUCGCCGCAAUCGUGGGCCCAUCUCCGACAGCAGAGCUUCUAGCAGAGAAUAAAGUCUAUCCGUUCGCUCACGAGGCCGGGGUAUUUUUUCCCGACGCCAACAACCUCUAUAUUACCAGCAACCGAAGCAUUGGCCCGAACGGAAAGCAGACAGUGCAAAUUACUCGCGUCGACCUGAGUAAAAGACCCGUCACCUGUGAUGAGAUUGCUACCGAUAUUCCUAUGGGCAAUGGAGGCAUCAAUUACGGUAAAGACCACGUUCUCUUCUGUGGGCAGGGGUCUAUGACCGAGCCAAGCGGACUGUACCGGAUGUCUACAACUGCUCCGUACAAAUCAGAGUUAUUGAAAUGUGAUUUCAAUGGCCGGCCAUUCAAUUCUAUCAAUGACGUGGUAGUGCACACGGAUGGUUCGAUCUGGUUCACCGAUCCCAUUUAUGGCUUUGAGCAGGGUUAUCGUCCAUCGCCGCGUCUACCCAGCCAGGUCUACCGGUGGCAUCCAGAUACUGGGGCAAUUCGGGCAGUGGCCGAUGGUUUUGGGAGACCAAAUGGUAUCUGCUUCUCUCCGGAUGAGCAGGUUGUUUAUAUCACCGAUACGGACCGGGUACAUGGAGACGGCACCAUCGAUGACCAAAGAGUAUCAUCCAUUUACGCCUUCGACGUGUCCAUGAUUCACGGGGAGCCAUCCCUCACAAACCGGCGGCUCUUCGCUAUGGCAGACCAGGGCAUUCCAGAUGGAGUCAAGUGUGAUUUAGAAGGAAACGUAUACAGUGGCUGUAGGGAUGGAAUCAAUGUUUGGUCCCCGGGGGGCGUUCUCUUGGGUCGAAUCCUCAUCGAUGGAGGUGUGGCAAACUUCUGCUUCGGGAGAAACGGAGAAAUCUUUGCCCUCAAUGAACAUCGAUUGUGGCGAGUUCAGUUGGGAGCGGGAGUAAAGGGGGCAUUGCUUGGAGUAUAA